CUCUGCGAAGCCACUCACCGUCGUUUCGCCGUGAGUCCCAGAGCGAGAGAAACUCUCCUCGCCGCCGCUCGUUGCAGAGCAGCCACCAUUCCUCGCCGUUAUUCCUUGAGCGAUAGAAAUUCCAAGGUAUUAGAUGCAUCUUCGCCGUUAUUCACAUCGAUUUGCUUGACUCUUUUGAUUCCAAGGCCAGCGAUUACUCCUUUGCCAAAUUCCUCGAAGUUGUAGGAAGAGGCUAAAUGAUGCUUCAAGUCGGAAGUUGCAGAGAAUUAGGGCAAGAUAGUUUCACCGCUAGCUUAAUUCAAACAAACUUCACUGCGAAAGGACAUCAUUACCUUUUCCUUAAUACUCCACUGGCCAGCCGAAGGCUCAGUUUGGGGAAUUUGAAUUCUCAGAAGCCGAUUAUCAGAGACCUGAAGGUUUCUUCAGGGUUUAAGCUUCAGUGUUUAUCAAAAACGGUGUUUACGCCUUCCAAAAGAUUAUCGACUAACGGGAAGAAGAAAAGCUACGGCGGCGUAUUACCUUCAAUCUUACGCUCUUUGAAGUCGUCCAGCGAUAUCGGGAGUAUUCUAAAUUCCUUGUGCCAAAAUCUGAGUCCCAAAGAGCAAACCGUGAUACUUAAAGAACAGCGUCAGUGGGAAAGAGUUCUUCAGGUAUUCCAGUGGUUCAAAUCUCAGAAAGAUUACGUUCCCAAUGUAAUUCAUUACAACAUUGUGCUUCGAGCACUCGGGCGAGCUCAAAAAUGGGAUGAAUUAAGGCUUUGUUGGAAUGAAAUGGCUGAAAAUGGCAUCAUCCCAUCUAAUAAUACUUAUGGAAUGCUUGUUGAUGUCUAUGGCAAGGCAGGUCUUGUAAAAGAGGCACUUCUCUGGAUCAAGCAUAUGAAAGUAAGGGGCAUUUUUCCAGACGAGGUAACCAUGAAUACUGUGGUUCGUGUCUUAAAAGAUGCUGGAGAAUUUGAUUCUGCUGAUAAAUUCUACAAGGAUUGGUGCAGGGGGAUGGUUGAGCUGAAUGAUUUCGAUUUGAAUUCAAGGGUUGAUGAUCUUGGUUUAAAUUCUACAACUGAACCAAUUACUCUUAAACAUUUUUUGUUGACUGAGCUUUUCAGGACAGGCAUGAAAAUUCCCAAUCGAAAAGCGUCACCGGAGGUAGAUAAUUGCACUCGGAAGCCAAGACUAACGUCUACGUUCAAUACAUUGAUAGAUUUGUAUGGCAAGGCGGGGCGUCUCAAGGAUGCAGCUAAUGUGUUUGCUGAAAUGCUUAAAUCAGGUAUCCCAAUGGAUACCAUUACUUUUAACACUAUGAUCUUUACCUGUGGGAGUCAUGGGCAUCUUGCAGAGGCUGAAACAUUGCUCAGUAAAAUGGAAGAACGUGGAUUAUCCCCAGAUACCAAAACCUACAAUAUCUUUCUUUCUCUGUAUGCUGAUGAGGGGAAUAUUGAUGGAGCUCUCAAGUGUUAUCGACGAAUUCGAGAGGUAGGUCUCUUUCCUGAUGUGGUAACUCAUAGAGCUCUUUUGCAUAUACUGUCUAAGAGGAAUAUGGUUGAAGAUGUGGAGAAUGUGAUAGCUGAAAUGGAGAAAUUACAUGUUCUUCUUGAUGAACAUUCACUUCCUUGUGUCAUUGAGAUGUAUAUUAAUAACGGCCUGCUCGACCGAGCGAAGAUGUUUCUGGAGAAAUAUCGAUUGGAUACUGGAUUGCCACCAAAGAUAUUGACUGCAAUCAUAGAUGCUUAUGCUGAAAAGGGUUUGUGGUCUGAAGCUGAGGAUGUUUUUCUAUGGAAAAAGGAUUUGGUGGGUCAAAAUCUGGAUGUUAUGGAAUAUAAUGUCAUGAUAAAAGCAUAUGGCAAGGCUGAACUUUAUGACAAAGCGUUUCUUCUCUUCAAGGGCAUGAAAAACCGUGGCACUUGGCCUGAUGAAUGCACUUACAAUUCUCUGAUUCAGAUGUUCUCAGGAGGUGAUUUAGUUGAUGAAGCAAGACGCCUUUUGACCGAAAUGCAUCGAAUUGGGUUUAAACCAAACUGUCAAACAUUCUCUGCUGUCAUUGCAAGCUAUGCUCGUCUAGGACAGAUGUCGGACGCUGUUGAUGUAUAUGAUAUAAUGGUAAAUGCAGAAGUCGAACCAAAUGAAAUCUUGUAUGGCGUCUUGAUUAAUGGAUUUGCUGAACUUGGUCUAGUAGAAGAGGCACUUAAAUACUUUCACUUGAUGAAGGGAGCUGGCAUUGCAGAAAACCGAAUCGUGCUGACAUCCCUGAUAAAGGCGUUUAGUAAGGUGGGUAGCGUGGAAGGUGCCAAGGCAAUGUACAAUAGGAUGAAGAACAUGGAGAACGGUGUCGAUACCAUCGCAUCAAAUAGUAUGAUCAAUCUAUACACCGAUCUCGGGAUGGUAUCUGAGGCCAAACGAGUUUUCGAAGACUUGCGAGAACGAGGCUGCGCAGAUGGCGUAUCCUUCGCAACUAUGAUAUAUCUUUAUAAAAACACGGGCAUGCUCGACGAAGCCAUAGAGGUAGCAGAGGAAAUGAAAGAAGCAGGUUUGUUGAGGGACUCUGCUUCAUUCCACAAGGUAAUAGAAUGCUAUGCAAUCAAAGGACAACUAAGAGAAUGCGGUGAAUUACUCCAUGAGAUGGUAACCAGGAAGCUUUCACCAGACAAUGCAACCUUCAAAGUACUCUUUACCAUAUUAAAGAAAGGAGGUAUCCCAAUAGAAGCCAUAACACAGCUAGAAUCAGCAUAUCAUGAAGGAAAGCCGUAUGCACAACAAGCGAUCGUUGCUGCAGUAUUCUCUGCCGUUGGUUUGCACGCUCCUGCGCUCGAGUCCUGUCAAGCGUUCUUAAACGCCGAAGUGGAACUCGACUCGUUUGCGUACAACGUUGCCAUAAACGCAUACGGGGUAAGUGGAGACAUUGAUAAAGCUUUAAUCAUAUUCAUGAAAAUGCAAGAUCAUAAUCUUAAUCCCGACUUAGUAACUUACAUGCAUCUGGUUAGUUGUUAUGGUAAAGCUGGUAUGAUUGAAGGUAUGAUGAGAGUAUACAGCCAACUAAAAUAUGGAGAGAUAGAGCCUAGCAAAUCAUUGUUCUAUGCUAUCAUAAAUGCAUGUAGAACUGCCAAUAGAUAUGAUCUUGUCCAAAUGGUCAAACAAGAGAUGCAAUUUUCGUUGCACUCUGAAUUGUUUUCUAGAGCUGAGCUCGAUGAUUUGUCUGAUGAAGAUUCUCCUCCAAGUGUUUAAAAUCCUGAAACUGUGUGAUAUUUGGUAUAGCUGUUUGUUCGUUUGUGUUGUAUUGUAGAUUGUAAAUGAGUAGAGCAUUAAGUAGGUAUGUAUACUUGUGUAUCAAUGCACACACACUACUGAUACAUCAAUGUUAAGAAAGUUUUGUCGAGUCUUUGGCUCGGAUCAA